AUGGUUGAGGAAAUUAAUGCCCAACUCCGAGAACACUCUUUGGAUCUCACACCUCCAGCUUCUAAUCGGAAUGUUAUAACCUGUAAGUGGAUCUUCACUCUUAAAUAUCAUGCGGAUGGAUCUAUUGCUAUUCCGGUGAUUAAAUCAACUACAAUUAGCCUUGUUGUGGAGAUUGCUGUGAAGAAAAAUUGGGUGAUUCAUCAAGUUGAUAUCAAUAAUUCCUUCCUACAAGGCACUCUACAUGAUGAGGUUUAUGUCUCACAGCCUUCCGGUUUUGUUGAUCGUGAUCGUCCUCAUCAUGUCUGCAGAUUACGGAAGGCUCUCCAUGGGUUGAAACAGGCACCACGUGCUUGGUAUCAAGAAUUGCGUCACUUCUUGCUUCAAUCUGGUUACAAGACGUCGGUUAGGGAUAAUAGCUUGUUCGUCUAUAAACAUGCCCCCUCUCAUGUUUAUGUUUUGGUGUACGUAGACGAUAUCAUAAUCACGGGCCCUACUUCGCUGGUUAGUGCUUUUAAUUCCUCUCUUGCUCAUCGUUUUUCUCUCAAAUACCUUGGUCCUUUGAGCUAUUUUCUGGGAAUUGAAGCAACACGCACGUCCUCUGGUCUCCAUUUGAUGCAACGGAAGUAUAUUACGGAUCUUCUGGUCAAAACAAAGAUGCAAGAUGCCAAACGUGUUCCCACGCCAAUGUCGUCGUCCUCUCAGAUCACGGUUCUUUCUGGUACACCUCUUGCAGAUGCAAAAGAAUACUGCAUGGUUGUGGGAAGCUUGCAGUAUCUGGCUUUUACAAGACCUGAUAUUGCAUUUCCUAUGAAUCGGCUUUCACAGUUUAUGCAUCGACCUACAAAUGCGCAUUGGCAAGCCGUGAAAAGAGUACUACGUUAUCUUGCUGGAACAUGGUCUCAUGGUAUUUUCCUGCGUCGUGAUGCUCCUCUCACAGUACAUGCUUUCUCUAAUGCGGAUUGGGGACGUGACAAGGCCAAUUAUGUUUCCAUGAACGCUUACCUCCUCUACUUUGGUGGUAGUCUUGUGUCAUGGUCCUCCAAGAAACAGCGAAGUGUCUCCCGCUCUUCCAUAGAGGCGGAAUAUAGGGCCAUUGCCAACACGACAUCAGAACUCAAGUGGAUUUGCUCGCUAUUGACGGAAUUAGGUAUUGAAAUACCAAUGGCGCCGGUGGCUCAUAUUUCAGGGGAUGACCAGAUUGCUGAUGCUCUCACCAAACUGCUUCCACCACCACCGUUUCUGGACUUGAAUUUCAAGAUUGGAGUCAAGAAACUUCUUUCUUGA